AUGUCUGAAGAAUGGUUAAAUUUCGUAAAUGAUCCUAGAACAACUUGCAAAUAUGGUGCAAAAUGUUAUCAGAAAAACCCGGAGCAUCACAAAAAUUAUAAACAUCCACCACAAGGGUAUCAAAAGAAAAUUAAAAAUAUUAAACAUAAAAAUAAAGGUGUGCAACCUUACACCAUAACUAAAAAACACUCUGAUAAAGAUCCAACAAAAAAGUUGGUGCCUAGCCCUAGUCAAGACUUUUCAGUAAAUAAACAAGAAAAGAAAAAUGAUGACUCAGAAAAAGAAGAAGAGAAGAAAAAUAGUAGUUUAGUGACAUUAGAUGAAAAUUGCCUAUUUUAUGAUAAAACUGAAGACAAUAAACUGUUUAAAGAAUUAUUCUUAGUUGAGAUGCCUCCAGAUUUCUUUCAAUUUUACAAGUGCAUAAGUGAAGAACCAUCAGUAGAACAGACUUUGGCUAGUGUAAAUUUACAGUUGAUUGGUCCAUAUGACUUACUUUUGGGAAGGCUUCCAAUGUUGGACAACAAAGACUUUUAUCUAAUCCACUGGAGAUUUUUUUAUGAUCCUCCUGAAUUUCAGGCUGUUUUGAAAAAAAAAGGAGAAAGCGGAUUUCACAUAGGUUAUUUCAGAGAUGACCCUAACAAGAAACCUGAGUUUAUGGCAACCAACGAUUGUUCUAAAGAUUGUCACAUACAUCCUGUUGCAGAUAAUAUAUUUGGUGCUGUUUAUUGCUAUUUACAAAAUGAAAAGAAAACAUCACCAUUUAUGUCAAUGGCUUGUCAAAAAUUAAUGGAUAAAGUGAAAAAAUGGGCGAAUGAGCACAAAUUUUCUUUAGAUGAAUACAAUAUAAAAAAGAGGGUGUCCCAGACAGUAGCUAAAACAUUACAUGGUGCAGGAAUUGUGGUACCUUACAACAAGAAAACCGAGUUGGGAUACAGACCAUUAGUUGAAAGCAAUGCUAAUCUGAAAAAACUAUUUGCAAAACUAGAGUCGUCUACAUCAAAAAAUGAAAAGGACGACAUCCUGUCACAAAUACAGCCAGUGAUAACUUAUGCCAGUAUAGCCAUGGACGAGUGUGAUUUUGGGACUGGUUUGGAAAUUGGAAUUGAUUUGUUUUGCUCUGGUUUAAAAGAACUGGAGGCGAAUGCAGUUGCUAGUUUGACUUCUGCAUAUUCUUUACUCAAUAGAGAUGCUUUUGGGAAAAUUGCCCAGGUCCACUUAAAACAUCGGCGAAAAGGUUCAGAUAUGUCUAUAUUUUAA